AUGGAGAGUGGAUUGAAGGGCGAGGUUGAGAUAUCACCAAGUUGUCCAAGGUGUGGUUCUUCCAACACCAAGUUCUGCUACUACAAUAACUAUAGCUUAACUCAACCGAGGUACUUUUGCAAAGGUUGCAGAAGAUACUGGACCAAAGGAAGGUCUCUGCGAAAUGUUCAUGUUGGUGGUAGCUACAAGAAGAACAGAAGAGCUUCUGGUUCCUCCUCAAUGGUUAGUGAUGGUCCAAAUAUUGAUCUUGCACUAGUUUAUGCAAAUUUCCUGAACCAAAAACCCAGUUCUGAAUUUGGGAUUGAGAGUAAUAACCCAGAUCAAGUUCCAACAGCUUUUGAUCCUUCUCUUGAGAAUAAUUCAAGGCUAUCAAACACAAAUGUUACUGGUGUUUGA